GCUGGUGGGAACAGACGUGAAUAAAGGGUUGUGGCCUGGGCAGGGACUGAGAGUGGUGUCCAGAGAAGAAAGAAGUCCAGAUCACAGCAAGUUCUGCCCUAGGAAUCUAGGACCCUUGGUUUACUCAGGAUGCAGCAGCUGGUAGAAAAUGAGGUGUUCAGGGCAUACGCCACCUACGCCACCAUCGUCCUUGGAAAGAUGAUGUUGAUGAGCUUGUUUACCGCUUACUUCAGACUCACCCAUAAGGCCUUUGCCAACCCUGAAGAUGCUGCAUCUCACAGCAAAGGAGGUGACUCAAAGAGAUUCCUCCGUAUUGAUCAAGAUGUGGAGCGAGUGCGCAGGUGUCACCUGAAUGACAUUGAGAACAUUGUCCCGUUUGUCGGCGUGGGUCUUCUCUAUGCUCUCAGUAAUCCCGAGCUGUCCUGUGCCCUGCUGCAUUUCCGCAUCUUUGCUGCCAGCCGUGUGCUGCACACCAUCUUUUACCUGGCACCUGUGCCGCAGCCCAGCCGUGCUCUGGCCUUCUUUGUUGGAUUCCUGGCAACACUGUCCAUGGCGUUCUGCACUGUGCGAAGCCUGCUCUACAUCUAGAGGUGCCUUCUGCAGGGGAAGAAGUCCCUCUCCUGCCUGAACAAUACAUUUGGGUUUUUGUACCUGAUUUGUUUUAUGGCUUGUCUUUGUUUCUGACAUAAGAAAUAAAGCUCUGCAGUUUUUUUGAAACAGCA